AUGCAACCUCAAGGUGUCCCAAAUAGUAUGAAAGCUGUUGUCAUUGAUGAUGGUAACGCUUUUGUGAAAACUGAUGUUCCAGUAGCAACCUAUAUUCCAGAAGGUCAUAUGCUAAUUAAAACAGCUGCUGUUGCAUUGAACACAUCUGAAUGGAAACAUAUUGACUAUAAAUUGGCCAAAAAGGGGGCUAUUAUGGGUUGUGAUGUUGUUGGUGAAGUUAUACUUCUAGGAUCACCAACUUUCUCAGAAUUUGCAAGGAGGGAUUCUAGCGGUGAUGAAAUUGUUCAACAGGAAUUUAAAGUUGGUGAUUUUGUCUAUUCUUUUGUUCAUGGUUCUUCUAAUAGAACUCCUGACAAUGGUGCCUUAGCAGAAUAUGUUGUCGUCGACUCUGCAACUACUCUUCUUGCUUCAACGGAUUGGAAAUCUGUUGGAAAAUCUGUAGAUUUCAUUGCACCAGGUCCUGUGAAGUCAUUGGAAGCAGCUGUCUCUUUACCUGUUUCAUUAACUACUGCUGGUGGUAUAUUGUUUCAUGAUUUAAGGAACAGAUUGGAAUGGGAACCAAUAAAAUCCCAAAAUGAUUUCCCAUUAUUAGUUUGGGGUGGUGCUACUGGUGUUGGACUAUUGACUAUUCAAUUGGCUAAGAGAACUCAUUCAUAUAGUAAGAUUAUUGCUGUCGCUUCCAAGAAACAUGAAGCGUUAUUAAAGGAAUUUGGCGCCGAUGACGUCUUUGAUUAUCAUGAUAAGGAUGUCGUUCAACAAAUAAAGAGUAAAUAUAAUAAUAUUCAACAUUUGAUUGAUGCUGUUUCAGAACAAUAUACAAUUAGACAAGUAUACCAAUGUGCAGCUGAUGACUUACCCGUUACCAUUAUGCAACUUGUAUUUUUAACGAUUAACGAUAUUCCAACGGAGAUUCGUAGGGAUAAUGUAAAGAUUAUCAGUACUUUAAUAUAUUCAGUAACUGGUUAUGAAGUUAAGAUUGGAGAAUAUACAUUCCCUCCAAAUCCAAUCUAUAGAAGAGAUGUCUCCAAGUUUAUUAAUUUUAUUGCACCAAAAAUUCAACAAGGUGGUAUCUCUAAUAUGCCAGUGAAGAUCUGUAAAAAUGGUUUAGAUGAUGUCCCUGGAUUGAUUGAUAAAUUAAGAAAGGGAGAGGUCAGGGGCGAAAAACUUGUUACCAUUUUAUAA